UGCACAUACUGCUGCAUAGUGCGAAUUGAGCACGUGUAAAUUGAGAAAAAGACAUGUCAUAGAUCAUCUUUGAGUACGGAGUAGUUCGAGCACCGAGACGAGAUCAACGUAGAGAAAGAAAAAAGCACGUGACUCUCUGAAUCGUAAAAAACAAAGUCGAAAUGGUAGCGAUUUUGAAGGAAUUGGCAGUUGAGCUGUAUGAUAUACAAGCUGUGAAAUUCGGAGAGUUCAAGACAAAAAUUGGCCUAACAACACCGGUAUACUUUGAUCUGCGUAUGGUAAUUUCUCAUCCGAAAUUAAUGUUAAAAUUGGCAAAAACUCUGUGGACAUUGGUGGAUAAUCCUACGAAAGUGUCUCGAAUCUGUGGUGUCCCAUAUACUGCAUUGCCAUUAGCUACUUUGAUAUCAGUAGAAGAGAAGAUUCCAAUGUUAAUGAAGAGAAAAGAAGCAAAGUCCUAUGGCACAAAGAAUUUAAUUGAGGGUAUUUUCUUACCUGGUGAAAAUUGCGUGAUUAUUGAGGAUGUUAUAACGAGUGGAAGCAGUAUUUUAGAAACUGUCGAUGUCUUGAAAAAGGAAAAUCUAAGUGUGACAGAAGCUUAUGUGCUAAUCGACAGGGAGCAAGGUGGGAAAAGGAAUCUUGAAAAUCAUGAAAUUAAAGUUAAGAGUUUGUUCGUGGUUACACAGCUUAUGAAGUAUCUCCUGGAGGCUGGAAAGAUCACACCUGAAAUAGUCAAAGAUGUUGACAAUUACUUGGCAGCAAAUCGGGCACCAAGCAUUUCUGUUCAAGGUGUGCCAGAUAAUAGAUUGAAACUGUCAUAUAGUAAACGCGCAAAAUUAACAACAAAUCCAUUGGCUUCAAAACUAUUGGAGCUAAUGGAAUCAAAACAAACCAAUCUCUGUUUGGCGGCAGACUUAACAAAAAUGGAUGCAAUUUUGGAAUUAGCAAACAUAGCGGGACCUCAUAUCGCCGUGCUGAAAACUCACGUAGAUAUCAUAGAGGACUUCAAUGAAAACUUUAUUUUUCGGCUCAAAGAAUUAGCGAGGCAGCACAGAUUUUUAUUGAUGGAAGAUCGCAAGUUCGGCGAUAUCGGUAACACGGUGUCGUUACAAUACAGAUACGGCUUUUAUAAGAUAGCUGAAUGGGCCGACUUGAUUACGGUACAUCCGAUAUCAGGUGUAUCCGUCAUUGACGCAUUGAAGAAAAGUUUAGAUAAUAUCACUGAGCCCCGUGGCAUUUUCUUAGUCGCUGAGAUGUCAUGCAAAGGUGCAUUGACGACUGGUGAUUAUCUAAAGAACGCAGUUUCAAUGGCAGAGGAAGUCUCUGAUUUGGUGGUAGGAUUCGUAUGUCAAUCUAAUCUCUCAGCGCAACCUGGACUACUCCAGUUAACACCUGGUGUCAAGCUUGCCAAAAGUGUAGACGGGCUAGGUCAGCAAUACAACGAUCCACAAUCGGUUAUUAAUGCAGGUGCUGAUUUAGCAGUCGUUGGCAGGGGUAUCACGGAGGCGUGUAACGGUUAUCUGAAGGCCACUUUAGAAUACAAAAAAGAACUUUGGAAUGCAUAUGAAGAACGAAUAAAUAUAUCUAGUACGUAA